CCAUCCCCUCGGCCCUCCCCGGUCCUCCUGCCCCCUCCCCCAGCCUCCGGCGGCGCAGCGGCAGGGGCGGCUUCUGCGUCCCCCGAGAUCGCAUUCUGCCGGCGCGAUGCACUCCUAGAAGCCAGCGCCGCGCCUCCGCCCCCCGCCCCCCCCACCUGCUCGGGCAGGAUGGUACAGUCUGCAGAGGGACCGGGCACGCUGGCUGGGCUCAGCCGCGGCACCAGCUGCCGCACCGCGAUUCCGGGGCUGCCCGCCUGGAAACCGUGCCGGAUUUGUGGUGAUUUUCGUAGCCAAGAGCCACCGCCCCUGACCAUGUAGAUGCCAGCUACAGGGAGCAGCAUGGGCCCCGCUGAAUGGAGACUGCUGGGCCUACAGCCCUGAGACCCUCCCGCCCCUGGGCCUCUCCCUGUUCCCAGGGAUACCCUUUGGAGUUCACCGCCGCUGUCAUCAGCCCACCUGGGCCACCCCUCCCGCCGGGACCCGGAGUUGGCCACCAGGAGCCACAGCCGUCCAGUGAGGUUGUGCUGAGGACAACCACACAGAGCCAUCACCCACCAGCCUCUUGUUCAGCACUGACCCUCGGGCACACCCCGAGCAAAGACUGUGGCAAACAUGGGUGAUAUGACCAACAGCGACUUUUACUCCAAAAACCAAAGAAAUGAGUCGAGCCAUGGGGGCGAGUUUGGGUGCACGAUGGAGGAGCUUCGCUCCCUCAUGGAGCUGCGGGGCACCGAGGCCGUGGUCAAGAUCAAGGAGACUUACGGGGACACUGAAGCCAUCUGCCGGCGCCUCAAAACCUCACCUAUCGAAGGUUUGCCGGGCACCGCUUCAGACCUGGAAAAGAGAAAGCAGAUUUUUGGGCAAAACUUCAUACCUCCAAAGAAGCCAAAAACCUUCCUGCAACUUGUGUGGGAGGCGCUGCAAGAUGUGACGCUGAUCAUCCUGGAAAUCGCGGCCAUCAUCUCCUUGGGGCUGUCCUUCUACCACCCGCCUGGCGAGAGCAGCGAAGGAUGUGCAGCAGCCCAGGCCGGGGCAGAAGAUGAAGGGGAGGCAGAGGCAGGCUGGAUCGAGGGGGCUGCCAUCCUCCUCUCAGUCAUCUGUGUGGUCCUGGUCACAGCCUUCAAUGACUGGAGCAAAGAGAAGCAGUUCCGGGGCCUGCAGAGCCGCAUCGAGCAGGAGCAGAAGUUCACGGUGGUCCGGGCUAACCAGGUGGUCCAGAUCCCUGUGGCCGAGAUCGUGGUUGGAGACAUCGCCCAAAUCAAAUAUGGCGACCUCCUCCCUGCCGACGGCCUCUUCAUCCAGGGCAAUGACCUCAAGAUUGAUGAAAGCUCCUUGACAGGGGAGUCUGACCAGGUGCGCAAGUCCGUGGACAAGGACCCCAUGCUGCUGUCAGGGACCCACGUGAUGGAGGGCUCUGGACGGAUGGUGGUGACUGCCGUGGGUGUGAACUCUCAGACUGGCAUUAUCUUUACCCUGCUGGGGGCUGGCGGCGAGGAGGAAGAGAAGAAAGACAAAAAAGGUGUGAAGAAGGGGGAUGGCCUUCAGCUACCAGCGGCCGAUGGUGCGGCAGGUUCAAAUGCUGCAGAUAGUGCAAAUGCCAGCCUAGUCAAUGGUAAAAUGCAGGAUGGCACUGUGGACGCCAGCCAGAGCAAAGCCAAACAGCAAGACGGGGCGGCCGCUAUGGAGAUGCAGCCCCUCAAGAGUGCCGAGGGAGGUGAUGCUGACGACAAGAAGAAGGCCAACAUGCACAAGAAGGAGAAGUCGGUGCUCCAGGGCAAGCUCACCAAGCUGGCUGUGCAGAUCGGCAAGGCAGGCCUGGUGAUGUCGGCCAUCACAGUGAUCAUCCUGGUGCUCUACUUCACCGUGGACACCUUCGUGGUCAACAAGAAGCCGUGGCUACCCGAGUGCACGCCUGUCUAUGUGCAGUACUUUGUCAAGUUCUUCAUCAUUGGAGUGACGGUGCUGGUGGUCGCCGUGCCUGAGGGGCUCCCUCUGGCUGUCACCAUCUCGCUGGCCUACUCGGUGAAGAAAAUGAUGAAGGACAAUAACCUAGUACGCCACCUGGAUGCCUGUGAGACCAUGGGCAAUGCCACAGCUAUCUGCUCAGAUAAGACGGGUACGCUGACCACCAAUCGCAUGACAGUGGUGCAGGCCUACAUUGGUGAUGUCCACUACAAGGAGGUCCCCGACCCCAGCUCCAUCAACGCCAAGACCAUGGAGUUGCUGGUCAAUGCCAUCGCCAUCAACAGCGCCUACACCACCAAGAUUCUGCCCCCAGAGAAGGAGGGCGCCCUGCCACGGCAGGUGGGUAACAAGACGGAGUGCGGCCUGCUGGGCUUCGUGCUGGACCUGAAGCAGGACUACGAGCCUGUGCGCAGCCAGAUGCCAGAGGAGAAGCUGUAUAAAGUGUACACCUUCAACUCCGUGCGCAAGUCCAUGAGCACCGUCAUCAAGCUGCCCGACGAGAGUUUCCGCAUGUACAGCAAGGGCGCAUCUGAGAUCGUGCUCAAGAAGUGCUGCAAAAUCCUCGAUGGGUCAGGGGAGCCCCGGGUCUUCCGGCCCCGUGACCGGGAUGAGAUGGUGAAGAAGGUGAUCGAGCCCAUGGCCUGUGAUGGGCUUCGCACCAUCUGUGUGGCCUACCGGGACUUCCCCAGUAACCCUGAGCCCGACUGGGACAAUGAGAAUGACAUCCUGAACGAACUCACCUGCAUCUGCGUGGUGGGCAUCGAGGACCCCGUGAGGCCCGAGGUCCCAGAAGCCAUCCGAAAGUGCCAGCGGGCAGGCAUCACGGUCCGCAUGGUCACCGGUGACAAUAUCAACACAGCCCGGGCCAUCGCCAUCAAGUGUGGCAUCAUCCACCCUGGGGAGGACUUCCUGUGCCUUGAGGGCAAGGAGUUCAACCGGAGGAUCCGCAAUGAGAAGGGGGAGAUUGAGCAGGAACGAAUCGACAAGAUCUGGCCAAAGCUGCGAGUGCUGGCCCGCUCCUCCCCCACGGACAAGCACACCCUGGUCAAAGGCAUCAUCGACAGCACACACACCGAGCAGCGGCAGGUGGUAGCGGUGACAGGGGAUGGCACCAACGACGGUCCUGCACUCAAGAAAGCAGACGUGGGCUUCGCCAUGGGUAUUGCAGGCACAGAUGUGGCCAAGGAAGCCUCAGACAUCAUCCUGACAGAUGACAACUUCAGCAGCAUCGUCAAGGCAGUGAUGUGGGGCCGCAAUGUCUAUGACAGCAUCUCCAAGUUCCUGCAGUUCCAGCUGACAGUCAAUGUGGUGGCCGUGAUCGUGGCCUUCACGGGUGCCUGCAUCACACAGGACUCCCCUUUGAAGGCCGUGCAGAUGCUCUGGGUGAACCUCAUCAUGGACACAUUUGCCUCACUGGCUCUGGCCACCGAGCCGCCCACCGAGAGCCUGCUUUUGAGGAAGCCGUACGGCCGCAACAAGCCGCUCAUCUCGCGGACCAUGAUGAAGAACAUCCUGGGCCACGCUGUCUACCAGCUCACACUCAUCUUCACACUGCUCUUUGUGGGAGAGAAGAUGUUCCAGAUCGACAGUGGGAGGAACGCGCCCCUGCACUCGCCACCCUCCGAGCACUACACCAUCAUCUUCAACACCUUCGUCAUGAUGCAGCUCUUCAACGAGAUCAACGCCCGCAAGAUCCAUGGCGAGCGCAACGUCUUUGAUGGCAUCUUCCGGAACCCCAUCUUCUGCACCAUCGUGCUGGGCACCUUUGCCAUCCAGAUAGUGAUCGUGCAGUUUGGGGGUAAGCCAUUUAGCUGCGCUCCACUGCAGCUGGACCAGUGGUUGUGGUGCAUAUUCAUCGGGUUAGGAGAGCUCGUCUGGGGCCAGGUCAUCGCCACCAUCCCAACCAGCAGGCUCAAGUUCCUCAAGGAGGCGGGCAGGCUCACGCAGAAGGAGGAGAUCCCAGAGGAGGAGCUCAACGAGGAUGUGGAGGAGAUAGACCACGCCGAGCGAGAGCUGCGGCGGGGCCAGAUCCUGUGGUUCCGGGGCCUAAAUCGAAUCCAAACCCAGAUUGAAGUAGUCAAUACUUUCAAGAGCGGGGCCUCCUUUCAGGGGGCCCUGCGGAGACAGUCCUCCGUCACCAGCCAGAGCCAGGACGUAGCCAAUCUCUCUAGCCCUAGUCGCGUGUCGUUGUCCAAUGCUCUUUCCUCUCCGACCAGCCUUCCUCCUGCUGCAGCUGGGCGUGAAGGGCUAGAGAACCCUGGACACAGAGUUCAGCAAGAGAGAGUGAAAUUAAAAGAGAUCCGCGUCGUGAAGGCGUUCCGUAGCUCUCUCUAUGAAGGUCUAGAAAAGCCUGAGUCUCGAACCUCCAUCCAUAAUUUCAUGGCUCAUCCUGAAUUCCGGAUCGAAGAUUCCCAGCCCCACAUCCCCCUCAUUGACGACACCGACCUGGAAGAAGAUGCCGCGCUCAAGCAGAACUCGAGCCCGCCGUCCUCGCUCAACAAGAACAACAGCGCCAUCGACAGCGGGAUCAACCUGACGACGGACACAAGCAAAUCAGCUACCUCUUCAAGUCCAGGGAGCCCCAUCCACAGCCUGGAGACGUCACUUUAGCUGAGGACCCCACCACCACCCACCUCCCGGGCACCCACCCAUCCAGGCACCCAACUCACCCAAGCAGCAACGAGCAACAACAGGAAACCAAAUACUGGCGAGAAAACCAACAUUUCCACCCAACAGACCCUUUUUCUGGCUGCGAUGCUGUUUGAACUCUUUUUCACUUUGAGGCAAGGGGAGGAUCUCCUGUGGGGGCUUCAGGGAGUGAGAAGUUUUCCCAGAAGAAGCCCUUCCUGGCUCCUACCCAAACAUGGACCAGCCACGCACCCACCCGGCCGCCAUGUCCCCUGCAUGAAUGUACUGUACACUUCCAGUCCUCCCCUUGUUUGGUUUUGGGGGAUUGGGGAGGGUGUUUUUUGUUUGUUUUCUUAGGCGGGAACUGCAAACAGACUCUUUUCUGAGACUAUUUAUCCAAUCCACUGGUCUGUGAGUUUUUGAAACGCUUGCGCAGCAUGGUCUCAGUUGUAUAGGUUAAUUUAACAACUUUUUGAAAUUGCAGAGCUUAACUCGCCUAAUAGAUUUGCACCAAUGGAACCGAAGAACUUCAUAGACACUCACAAGGUUAUAUCCAUUUCUUUAUAUCUAUAUCAACGUAUACUUAUCCAAGACUGUAUACGUACAUAUAGAUAGGUAGAUAUAUAUAUAUAUAUAUAUAUAAAUAUAUAUACAUGGAUAUAUAAAGUUUCUUUGCCGGCAUGUUGCCUUGUUUCCGCUUAAAUUGCUCUAUUUUAACUUAUUUAUGUCCUAAAAGAAGAAUGUAAUUUGUUUACAAACUUGUAGAUAAUGUCUUUGGCUAUUUGUACGGUUUAAGAACACUGGUGGCUGAGAUGCUAUAAAAACAGCUCAGCCCAAGAGACACUUCCCUCGAUUGCAUCCUUGAUGUUUUACGAUAGCCAUGCCCUGAUUUUCGCCUGCUAUUUCCGUUCAAUAAUGUCACUACCACGGGAGGCACAGGCAGAAGCCAAAUGCUACCAAGUAGCCAUCCUGAGGGCUUUAACACCAUGCUCUGUAGACAAAGGGAGAGGAGAGAGAAGGCUCCCUGGGCUUGGCGUGCUAACGGCCAUCCUGGCCCAAGGAUGACAGGAACCUCAAAGCAUUGGUUGAAGACUUUUCUCUCAAUGAAACUCGCUUGGGUUUACUAAGAGCAUUUCAAAAAGAGGUUCUCUUUGGCACUGUCUGUACAGAGAUUGAGGUAGUGUUGCAAUAUUAUAAAUGCUAUUGUGUUGAUUUUUUUUUUUAGUUAGUAAUUUAGAGGUUUAUUUCUUUAUAAAUUGCAGCAUAUGAGCUGUUGGCAUAUUGGAUGAGGAUCAUUAUGGCUUGCUGCUUUUAUUUUUAUUUUUGAAGAAGAAUAGCCUUUUUCUCUGCACUACUUAGAUCCGAACGAACCUUAUGAUGUGUAUAUUGAGAUGUAUUCAGUGUGAUUUUUAAACCAAAUUGUCUUCCUAUAGUCGCAAUAUAUACUGUAGCCUUUUAACAGCAAGUCUUGCUUUCCCAGACAGAAAGCCAUUCUGAAACCCUACAGUAUCACAGGUGAGAAAAGGAGGUUAUUUUUCCCUCAAGACAAUUACAGCACUAGUAAUCCCACUUAAUAAGAGCUUAUUUAAUUGUAUGUCAGCCUCUUAACUGCUAAGCACUUUGUGGGUAUCAGCUUUUUUCAUAAAAAGAACUUUUGUAUUUAAUACAAAGUUUGCUUUGAGACUUUUCAGCAUACGAUCUUUUUCCAUAAACUUGUACAGUGCAAAAGACAUUUUGAAUACCAUGAUCGAUGAUGUCCCAUGCUUCGAGGAAAACCAAACACUCUCCGCCUCGCUUGUGAAAUCCAUUCCUCAUACUGACCCUUCCCAAAGUUGCCCUGUGUCAGCCCGGCCCCUUCCCGUCUCCAGGCCCAGAGAAUUCUUCCGCACACAAGGUGAGAGCCACUCGGGAAAAGAGCCAUAGUCAGCUGGGAGGGCCCGCGUCCGGAUGGCUGUGGAGAAACCUGAGGGUUCGGGAUCCCAAAUCAGCCCAUCCCACCUGGCGAAACCGUCCUGGUAGGAGGACCUUCUUUGCAAGAGAGCAUCACCUGAAUGUCACGGGGAAAUAUCUCUGAAUGUACCCAGCAGAGGAAACGGCAUCCCCAAAGGGGUGGCCAGCCCUCAGAUGUGCUUCUUGGAUUCCAAUACAACACCACCAAAAGCCAGCCCACUGCUCUCCUGCCUCCUGAGAAAGGAAAGACCUGCACAUGUCAAACAUGGGGCAGCCUUGGAACAUGGGGGGUUUUUUGUAGUUUUCUUUCUCAAGGUUUUCCAUCUCCUCACCUUCUUUGUUCCAUGACACCAGGAAGGCUGCACACCACGCUCCCUGUUUGUUUGGAGCCAGGAUGCAAGGAAGACAGGAGGGGGUUUCUCUGAGUGGAGCCCAGCUCGGGGAACAGGGAGCGAAAGGAGCCACCAAGAAUGCCCCACAUUUAGUGUUGGUCUUUUCUUGUCAGGAACGAUGGAUGCUCACACACACACACACACACACACACACACACACCCUCACUCACACAUUCACACACACAGGAAAUGAUUGGUUUGUCAAAACUCACUGUAGUACAUACAUAAAGCUUGCACUCUGUGUCCUAUAUCUAGCAGCAUGGGGUACGUUUGGCAGUUCACCCCAUUAGGGGGUAAAUAAUUUAUGACCAUUCAUCUGUUUUUAUGAAUUUUUUUAUCUAGACAAUAAUUGUAAAUAAAGAACUCACCGUCUCUGUUCAUUUAAUACUAUGCAAUGAUUAUGCUUUCAAUUGCUGACUCUUCUUACUCCUGCAGUGAGAUUCUGAAAUGUCUGUGGUUUAAAAGAAAAAAGGGUAAAAACCAACAUCAAACAGAACAUGGUAAAUAUUUACUCUGUAGUACAUACUUUUUUCUAGUUUGGGACUGCACCAUCCACUUAGCUUCUUUUCUGUCCUCUGGACAGGGCUCCUAGAGAAGGUAGCAGAUUCAGUUCUGAGGUCUAAGCUCACCAACUUGUCUCCCCCAAUAGAUGAGGGAGGAGAAGGGGUUCAGUGACCCCUGGGGCUGUAGAGUCGCCCACCUUUGGAGGUAGGCAGGGCGGAAGCUGAGGAGUUUCCUUCCUGCAAGUCAGGCAGUGCUUUCUCUAAUCAGAAGCAGGCGUGAUGGUUCCCACCAACUCCUCACCAUGGCCCCUUGCCCUCUCGUCCCAACCAGAGCAGAGAGUUGACAAGAGGGAGGGAAUCUUGCUUCUGAGACCAGACCAAUGACUGACUUCCCUGGGGCAAGGACUCAGGACCUGUCUCAUCCUGGGUAUCCCAGUUAGUGAAUAGCCACUUUCCCCCCCCCAACCAUGUUGAAAUGUCACCUUUACCACACAUUGACAGCUGAGAUAGACUUGGGUCUAUUUCUGGAAUGUCUUUUCUGUUCCCUUAUCUGGGCGUCUCAUCUGGCACCAGCCACACAAUUUUAAUUAUCGUUGUUUUAUAUCAUGUUUUAUUAUGUCGUGGGAUAAGUACCCUUCGCUCUUUUUUUUUUAACAAAAUUUCCUGGUUAUUCUCUCAUAUCUAUUCUUCCAAGUAAACUUUAAAAUUUUGCCAAGACCUCCAAACCCUGCCCUCCCACCACCUUCCCAUUCUAUACGCAAACAUCUUUCUGCUAUUGUAAGCACUGUCCACUCAGGGUCACCAAAUAGAGUGUCCUGUAACGAGAAACAAAAAGUGUGUCCUGAAUCUUAAGGGGAGCCCAGCAUUCACCCCAUACUAUCUUUUGUUCCCUAAACCAGGGUGUCAUCAGGAGAGGCCCCCAACCCCAUCUCAGUUUGGGAUCCGAAGUACCCACCUUGGCUGUGCUGGGGUGGACCCUUCAUCUGCCUAGUCCAGAUGAGAAAGGGGUCGCUCCCAGACCUAGAGCCACCAGAAUGCAUGGCCUAGUUGUCUAUAUUCCCAUUUCUCACAGAGAAACGUUUAUUCCUGUCUCCCUUUCCUGAACUGCUUUUUUUGAUCUUUAUUCAAAGUUCUCAGUGGUUAUGUGAUAGGUCCUUUGGGAUGCAGCAAUUUCAUGCCGGGUACUCCUCGCCACACUGACUCCCCCUACCCGUUCUUGCUCUACUUACAGGAGGCUGUCAACCGGGUACACUGUGACAUGCCUCUCACCCAAAACUCUUUCCAUGGUGUCCAAGACUCCACCAUUAGGAGAUCGGGGGUGCGUGCAUUUCUUGAAGGCUUUUGGGUCUUCCGGAGCCAAGGCCUAAAUCAGACAAAAGCAGAAAAUCCCCAGGUCCUUUCCAAGUUCCAAAGCAAACUCUCCUGAUGUUGAUGUAGAGACGCUAUUCACCCAAGUGGGGGGAGGGGAAUCCCAGGCCCUGGGCAUCAGCCAUCACCCCCUCCACUGAAAACAAGACAUUUGAGGCUGCUUUGGGGCCGCCCUUCUCAGCCCCCUAAGUCUGUUUUGUAAUGCCUGUGGUGCUCUCCCUCCGGACCUUUCCUCUUGGGGGUCACCACACUUUGCUAACUCUUGUGUGCACAUAUUUUAUAACAGAGUAGCGAGGAAAUGGUGCCGCCUCCAGUUUCCACAAGCUGCCCGGGUUCUGGGGGGCUCUGGGACAAUCGGGGCUGGGAAGUGACUGUGCUCUUAUUGUACACUCUUUAUUUCUCUGUAUCUCUGGCUUGUGCUUUUUUUGUAAUUAAUGGGAUUUGUCUGCCUUUUCAACACUAUACUGAGCAAUAACAAUAAAUGCACACGUGGAAACGCA